UUGACCUCGACAUGGCUUCAGUCAGAAAGUGACACCCGAUCAGGAAUGGCUUCCGUCGGUACUUUGCGGACCCUCGUUGCCGCCACCGUCCCAACCGCCGGUGUGGUCAUCAGAGAGGGAUGGAUUCUCAAGAAAAGACGAAAGAAGAUGCAAGGCUUCGCAAGGAGGUACUUCACUCUAUACCAGAACGGCGUAUUGGCCUACAGUUUCAAUCAAGCCCAACCUAUUCGAGACCAACUCUCUCUUCACGAUUCCGCUAUUUCCACCGCACCAGGACAGAGGGAUAUUCACAUUGACUCUAACGCUGGAACCUUUCAUCUCAAGUGUCUGACUCCCGCCGACUUUGACCUAUGGAUGAGCUCUUUAAGACGGUUCAUCGGCACUGGCCCUGAGUCCCGGCGCUCGAUGAGUAUGCGACACUUGACCCGCCAUGGCAGUGUCAAUGUCAAUAAAUCGGGUGUUGUCCUGGAAGAGAUGGCAAAGACACUGAGCGAACUUGAGGAGGCCCUUUCUGCUCUACCACGCGAAGGCGCGUCCCAUCUCAAACCGCCCAAAGCCAAAGUCGAGAAGGAAAAGGCCAAAGGAGACAAGGCCGUUUUUGGUCUAUUCAAACGAACUUCUCAUCAUGCCGCACUCAACGACGUGGAGAACAAUCCCCCAGAGCUUUCCGAGAAGACGACUUCAACACAACAACUUCAAGACAUUCUUCAGACCCUGAAAGCACAACACGGCUCUCUGGUUAAAUCAAUUCAGUCUCUUGCUAUCACAGAUGUUGUUGGCCAGUCCUUGCGGGGCUCUCCUCUCCCAAUCACCGCAGAAGAACCCGAGAACAUACCUCGGAUUUCCGAUUCACCCGUCCCUUCCUUUUCCGCGCCAAUCUCUCGCAAACGCACAUCCGUACUCACCACAACUACCUCCGAGAGUGUCAAUGAGUGGUUUGACUUUGACGCUGAAAGUCACGAUGGAGCAGAAGAAUUCGUUCUCGAUGUUACUGCCCAACCGAGCAAGAUCGGUGCCAACGACAGUACUAGCAGCCUGGGACAUUCCAGUGUUGAUACAGAUAUCAUUGGGGAGCCAGAGAAAGUUUCUACAGAGCAACCAGAACCAUCACACGUAGUGCACAGGACCCAUUUGCCCUCGCCUUCCAUCGGGGACGAAGGGAGUCUGUUUUCUGUGUUGAAGAAGAAUGUCGGAAAGGACCUUUCCACCAUUACCUUCCCUGUUUCAUUCAACGAACCAUUGACCCUUCUUCAACGUGCCGCUGAGGAGGUUGAAUAUUACGACCUCCUCAACCUCGCUGCUGCUGCCACAGAUCCUGUCGACAGAAUCUGUUAUGUUGCGGCAUUUGCCGUGUCGGGUUAUGCCCAUACGCGGCAUCGCUCCGGCAGAAAGGGAUUCAAUCCCAUGCUUGGGGAAACAUUCGAAGACCAUCGAAUGAAGUUCAUUGCCGAGAAGGUUCGCCAUCAUCCAUUGGAGAUGGCAUACCACGCCGAAGGCCCAGGUUGGGCUUUGCAGGCAACGUCUACCGGCAAGACUAAAUUCUGGGGGAAGAGUCUGGAGAUUAUUCCACUGGGAAACACAUAUCUAACCAUCGGAGAUGACCGGUAUACUUGGAAUAAACCAUCUUCAUUCAUGCGGAAUCUAAUGGUGGGCACGAAAUACUUCGAGCAUGUGGGUAAGAUGACGAUCGAGAAUGUUGUGGCGAGUGUGCCGACUCGAUGUGUUGUUGAAUUCAAACCAAGUGGGUAUUUUGGGGCAUCCAACCAAAUAUCAGGCGUCGUGCAGUGCGGUCAAGCUACAGCCAAAUUGGAAGGCAAGUGGGACGACUCAGUGUCUCAAACGCUAGAUGAUUCGCAUUUCCGCAUUCUGUGGCGGGCAACACCGCCGAUUAUUGACCACGAAGCGUACUAUGGGUUCACAUCGUUCGGCAUUACAUUGAACGAGAUCACGAGUGAUAUGGAGGGUAAACUCCCACCAACCGACUCGAGAUACCGUCCGGAUGUGCGAGCAUUGGAGGAAGGGCAUGUGGACCUUGCUGAACGUGAGAAGACGAGGGUGGAAGAGUUACAGCGUAGUCGACGGAAGAGUGGGAAAGAGGUUUCUCCCCGUUGGUUCAAGCAAGUUAACGGCGAGUGGGAGUACACGGGCGGAUACUGGGAGUCCAGGACUAAUGGAUGGAAGGACAGUGUGGAUCUAUGGUAG